AUGGUCAGGCGGGAGGCAUCUGUUGAUUUGGCACGGAAUGACCCAUUAGGUUGCUCUCUCUUCUUGUCUGCAGAUGCCUGUGAGCUCAGUUUGGACCCAAACACAGCAAACAGAAAUCUUUCUCUUUCUGAGGGGAACCCAAUGGUGACACAUGUGAAAGAAGAGCAUCCAUAUCCCGACCACCCAGAGAGAUUUGACAAGUUUCCUCAGGUGCUGUGUAGAGAGGGACUGUCUGGACGCUGCUACUGGGAGACUGAAUUUAGCAACCUUUGGGCUCGUAUAGGUGUGGCCUAUAAAAGCAUCGAGAGGAAAGGGAAUAAUAUUGACACCCAACUAGGACGCAGUAACAAGUCUUGGGCUCUGUAUUGUUCUGAUAACAGCUACUUUGCCUGGCAAAAUAAUGAACGCACUGACAUACCUGUCCCUCCCUCCCGCUCCAGAAGAGUAGGAGUGUACCUGGACUGGCCGGGCGGCACGGUGUCCUUCUACAGCAUCUCAUCUGACACACUCACCCACCUGCACACGUUCCACUCCACAUUCACUGAGCCCCUCUAUGCAGGGUUUUAUGUUUGGCCUGAUUCUCCAGUGUCCCUAUUCCAGAUCACAUGAGUCACAUACUCCAGAGCCUUGUAGCGUGACUUUACAAUAUGAAGAUGUGAUAAUAAUUAAUAAUAAGAAUCAUAAUUUACUAUGAAAAGAUUUUUAGUCAUAUAACUGCUUAAAUCAAGCUUGCUCUAAAACAAAUUAAAAUGUGCAAAUGCUGCAAG